CUAACUGGCGUGUCCCCGGCAGAGCUGCUGGAGGACCUGUCGGAGAGCCGGGAAUGCGUGAACUGCGGCUCCAUCCAGACCCCGCUGUGGAGAAGGGACGGCACCGGCAACUACCUGUGCAACGCCUGCGGGCUCUACACCAAGAUGAACGGCCUGAGCAGGCCCCUCAUCAAACCCCAGAAGAGAGUGCCUUCAUCAAGGCGGCUUGGUUUGUCUUGUGCCAACUGUCACACCACAACCACCACCCUGUGGCGUCGGAAUGCAGAAGGCGAGCCAGUAUGCAAUGCCUGCGGCCUUUACAUGAAACUUCAUGGGGUUCCUCGGCCUCUUGCAAUGAAAAAAGAAGGAAUUCAGACUAGGAAGCGAAAACCAAAGAACAUAAAUAAAUCAAAGGCGUGUUCUGGUAACAAUAAUAAUGCAGUUCCUAUGACUCCAACAUCCACGUCUUCUACUAACUCAGAUGAUUGUAGCAAAAACGCCUCUCCAAGCGCACAAUCUGCAGCCUCAGGGGCAGGUUCUUCAGUGAUGUCUGGCCCAGGAGAGAGCACCAGUCCUGAAAGCAGCACACUCAAAUAUUCAGGUCAAGAAGGGCUGUAUACAGGAGUCAGCCUGACCUCCACAGCUGAAGUUACAGCAUCUGUGAGACAGGAGUGGUGCACAGGAUUCAGUGCAAGUUGAGCUGGAUACCUGCACAGGGCUGCAGCCACUAGAUGUCCACAUUUUUGUUUCAUUUUGUAUUAUGGAGCAGUCAGAGCAGCAGUGAGAGUGCUGGCAAGAACUUUCCUCUGACAUUGUCUUUGUGCCUUGAUGGUAGAGGUGUUUCUCCAAAGAGGCUCUGCCUACAUAUCCAGCUCCUCAUCUAUGCAAGAAAAAAUGAGAGAAAGUGAAUCUCUACCAAGGGAAAACUAAUGCAGCCAAAAAGAGAACCUAGAGCUAUUGAUAGGCUCCAGAAAUACAUCUACAGAAUAUGCAGCCAUGCUGCCUUUUAGAUUGCAUAUUUGUUUCACCAUCUCCCUAGGAUUUGAUUGGGAGGGAGAUAGCAGAGGCUUUGAUUAUAAGGGAUAGUGAGAAAAAAUUUCAAAAGCAGUAAUGAGUGUAUUGCUUGACCCAGUGCACACACCUUGAACAAAGCAUGUGAUGCCCUCUCCCAGGUCAGUUCUCUUGUUAGUGCUGUCUGUAACCAGUAUGUAUGCCUGCAUUGCUCUGUCAUUUUCCUAUAGCGGAGUUCAAAUAUACCCAUGGAGGAAAUCACAGUGUUUGGUACAAGUCUCUCCAGGUUGAGUCAGCUAAUGAGAUCUUUUGUUUAAAAUAUUUACUCACUUUACAAGGCUGCAUUAUAACUUUUAACGUACACUGUGACUGAGGUUUAUGAAAGUUCAUGUUUUGUGACUGAACUGUACUUAGUCAGAAUUUGUAAACAGGGUAGCAAUCAGAUAUUUUUCUUCCAUAUACAAUAAUUUUUUUUUAAAAAAAAGAAGUGCAAUUUGCGUUGCAGCAAUCAGUGUUAAAUCAUUUGCAUAAGAUUUAACAACAGUUUUUAUAUGAAUGAAUGAAUGUAAACAUUUUAACUUAAUGGUACGUAAAUAAUUUAAAAGAAAAAAGUAAACUAGGCAUCCUUAUACUUUUUUAUUGCAACAUAAACAUCCACUUUCUGUAUUUGUAACUAGUAAAACCAAAGUUUCAAGAACAAGCCUUCUCUCAGGAAAAUUGCCCUCUCCAUUUGCUCAUGAGUUUUAUACAAUGCAAAUGCAUAUUGUUUUGCCAUUAAAUAAGUAUGUGCUGGAAAGAAACAAAUAGCAAUGAAACUUUACUACCUAACUGAUACAUAUGUAAAUACUCCAUAAGAUAUUUAGGCAUCUUUAAGAGUUAGGAUGCAAUCUGUAUAGUGUGACUGACCCAUAGUUAGGUUGGUUUACAUUUUUUUUUAAAUGGGAUGCCAUUUGGAAAGUUAUUCUUUCAUCAGAGCUUUACAAAUAAAAGGAUAUUGGUUUUUUUCUGUA